AUGCAGCCGUUUCAAUUCACUCUCUCCAACAAUGGCACGGUAGCUGGUGUGCACUCCGUACUGCAGUCAUCCGCUUCACGGGACGAUCACCGUCCUCUGGUCGUUGGUCUUCACGGCGGCUGCUACGAUCAUCAAUAUUUCGAUGCCACGCCCAAAUACUCUGCCGCAUUGGUAAGCGAGGCUUUGGGGGUGCCAUUUGUGUCCAUCGACCGCCCUUCCUACGGAGGUUCAAGUUCCGUCCUGCCCAUUCCAGAGGGCAGCGACUUUUAUCAAGAGACGGGUCGGUGGUUACAUAGCUACAUCCUUCCAAAACUUUGGUCUGAGUUCGGUGUCCCUAAUCGGUGCAACUGUGUCGUUCUUUUGUCCCACAGUUUGGGGGUGAUGGGUGGCAUCGUGGCCGGGGCUCUGCAUGCACAGGAUGACGCACCAUUGUAUCCCCUCGCAGGCCUCAUUGUAAAUGGGAUGGGAAACACUCAGUCACCGUUCAUGGCCGGCGCAUCUCCUUCUUUUGUGCCCGUUGAUGACGACCACGCUCUUUUCCCUCCAGACAAGAAGGACACAAUCAUGUUCAAACCGGGAACCGUGGACCCAGAUAUUCUGGCGCAUUGUGAACGUCUGAAUGCAGUGGCCCCGCUCGCAGAACUGACCCAGUUUCCAGCUAUGUGGCUCCCUGUCUGGAAAGAGAAAUGGGCACCGCAGGUGACAACCUCCGUGAUGUUUUGUCUUGUGGAGGACGAUCCCUUCUUUGUGGUGAACGAGGAGGAAAUGGAAGUUUGUGUACGAGCAUUUAGGAACAGUCCUCGGGUGGACGGAAGUUUGGUUCGGACUGCGCCUCACUGUAUGGAGCUUAGCUACUGGUCGCAAGGGUGGUAUGCUCGAUGUUUUGGUUUUGCGAUGGAAUGUUCUGCCGGUUUCGGUAGCUCAAACUAA